CUGUAAAAAGCCCAGAAUUUCCUUCUGAAUUUGAUAGCUUUAUAUGGACAUUAAGCCCAGUAAAUUAAGCUGCAGUAAGCCUACAGUGGGGAGGGACUCUCGCUUGACUUGUUCCCAGCUGGUCGUGGUAGCUGAGGUCGGCCGUCGAAAUGGGCAAGAAAUUCGGUGAAUUGGCAUAUGUGAGGGGUAUCAUCAAAUACUCUCUUUCUCCUUUUGAGCAAAAAGCAUUUGCUGGAGCGAUUAGUCAUGGACUUCCUAAUUUAUUCAGAAGGUUCCGCAGCCAGGUUUUCCGUGUUGCUCCCCCUUUUGUAAUUGCCUAUAUGGUCUACACUGCAGUUGAGAAUAGACAUGAACAAUUGAUGAGAAAAAAUCCUGCUGAUUAUGAAAAUGAUGUGUAAUUGAGAAUUGGAAAUUAUUUUUUAUUUUAAGAGAUCUGUAGAAGUUUAAAAUGAUUUUGCAUUCAUGUAAUAAAUUAGUACUGUAUAAUACAAAUUUUCUUUAGAGAUUUGUUUUUCACAUGCUAAAUAUUGUAUGCCUGAGUAUAAUGAAGUUGAAAUAGUGUACGUGACUAAACUUUUUGUUCAUAUUUUGUAUAUAAAAUCAGGCUAAAUUAAACCAAUAUUGUACAUA